AUGUUAAUAAUGAAAAAUCAUAGUAGUUUUUCAAUAUUUUUAUUAAAUGAUUAUCAUUCAUGUACAUUUACAAAUGAAAUACUUAUACGUUAUUUUGGUACAUCAAUUCUCUUGAUUGGAAUUGUAUCAACAUUAUUAAGUAUUUGUGUAUUCACAAGAAAACCUCUUCGUCGUAAAUCAUGUUGCUUUUAUUUUUUAAUAUUAGCAAUAAGUGAUUCAAUACAUUUAUCAACAAUGACGAUAGAACAUUUACCAUAUAGUUUUCAUAUUGAUUUAAUCGUAUUUUAUUCAAUUGUUUGUAAAUUUAUUAUAUUUAUUAUAUAUUUUUCGAAUCAUUUAUCCAACAUUGUAAUUACGUUAGCAUCAAUGUAA